ACCGCACGUUGUAUCACAAGCAGCAAGUGAGUGUGUUGACCGUUCUCUGUUUGAGUUUAUGUGUUAUUUUUAAGUUUACACCUAUGGGACGAGGGAGUAACUCUUUUUUUCAUACAAUACCAUAAAGCUGAUAGUGUAUUCAUUUAAACCGACCGCAGAGAUGUCGGUAAACCGCUUCGUGCGUUUGUUUUCUCGGCUUCAACGCCACAUAAACACUCGGACGAGCUGUCGGGUGACUUCUGGCUGUAAUUUGUUACUUCGGCAACAUCAAGCUAGUUCGGUGGUUUGCUGUAGAAACGUUUCUUCUAAUAGCUCAAAAUCAAAUCCUCCGGACACCUCGCUGUUUGUUCCUGUCUCUUUGAAGACUGACACCUUGGAUGAUGGUAGUGUAGGAGCUGAGCUGACUCAACCCCUCGAUAAAAGUGAACUGCUUAAAAUGUUGAACCGGUUUUACAAAAGGAAGGAGAUGCAGAAGCUGGCCGCAGACCAGGGUCUAGAUGCUUGUCUGUUCCACCAAACCUUCAUCAGCUUUAGAAAAUAUGUCCUGGAGAUGACGUCACUCCCAGCUGAUCUGCACAUUAUUCUCAAUGACAUCUGCUGUGGUGCAGGUCAUACUGAUGACAUUUUCCCAUACUUCCUGCGUCAUGCCAAGCAAAUAUUCCCCAUGUUGGAUUGUAUGGAUGACCUGAGAAAGAUCUCAGACCUCAGAGUUCCUGCAAACUGGUACCCAGAGGCUCGAGCCAUCCAGAGGAAGGUGAUCUUUCAUGCUGGACCUACUAACAGUGGGAAAACCUAUCAUGCCAUCCAGCGCUACCUCGCUGCGCAGUCUGGUGUUUACUGUGGGCCCCUGAAACUGCUGGCACAUGAGAUCUUUGAGAGGAGCAAUAGUGCAAGUGUACCAUGUGAUUUAGUCACUGGAGAGGAGAGGACCUUUGUGGACCCAGAGGGUCGAGCAGCUGGACACGUGGCGUGCACCAUUGAGAUGUGCAGCGUCAGCACACCCUAUGAGGUGGCUGUAAUUGAUGAAAUCCAAAUGAUCAGAGACCCCUCCAGAGGCUGGGCAUGGACCAGAGCGCUGCUGGGCCUGUGUGCGGAGGAGAUCCACGUGUGUGGGGAACCUGCAGCUGUAGACUUCAUCAGAGAGCUGAUGUACACCACUGGAGAGGAGGUGGAGGUCCACAACUACGAACGCUUAACACCGUUCUCAAUCUUGAACCAUGCAGUGGAGUCUUUAGACAACCUGAGGCCAGGAGACUGCAUCGUGUGCUUCAGUAAAAAUGACAUUUACUCUAUAAGCAGGCAGAUUGAGGCCAGAGGACUAGAAUGUGCUGUCAUUUAUGGCAGUUUACCACCAGGCACUAAGCUGUCACAGGCCAAGAAGUUCAAUGACCCCGAUGACCCCUGUAAGAUCCUGGUUGCUACAGAUGCUAUUGGCAUGGGCCUUAACCUGAGUAUAAAACGAAUCAUCUUCAACUCUAUAGUGAAGCCCAACGUCAACGAGAAAGGAGAGAAACAGAUGGAGACCAUCAGCACAUCGCAGGCUCUCCAGAUCGCAGGCCGAGCAGGAAGGUUUUCCUCAGUUUUCAAAGAGGGAGAGGUGACGACCAUGCAUCGAGAUGACCUGCCCGUCCUGAAAGAAAUCCUCAGCCGCUCUGUAGAUCCCAUAAAGACUGCAGGACUGCAUCCCACUGCAGAGCAGAUUGAGAUGUUUGCUUAUCAUCUGCCUGAUGCUACGCUCUCCAACCUUGUGGACAUAUUUGUCAGCCUCUCUCAGGUGGACGGUAUGUAUUUUGUCUGCAACAUCGAUGACUUCAAGUUUCUGGCUGAUAUGAUCCAGCAUAUACCGCUCAACCUGAGGUCGCGCUACGUCUUUUGCACCGCUCCCAUCAACAAGAAGCAGCCGUUUGUGUGCACGUCAUUUCUGAAGUUUGCACGUCAGUUCAGUCGAGAUGAACCUCUGACGUUUAACUGGGUCUGCCGCCAUAUCGGCUGGCCUGUGGCUGCGCCCAAAAAUAUCAAAGAUCUGGUUCACCUGGAAGCUGUUCAUGAUGUGUUGGAUCUGUACCUCUGGUUGAGCUACCGCUUCAUGGAUAUGUUACCAGAUACAGCCUCAAUCCGAGAAAUCCAGCGGGAACUCGAUGAUGUCAUCCAGACGGGUGUCCGAAACAUCACCCGUCUGAUCCGAGCCACAGACCCAAACAUCACCGACCCGCUGCAGACGCACGGCAACUCGCUCGACCAAGCAGGGAACAGCAGAAAAGAUACUGGCAGCACUUUUUUGACCAAGGGCAAAGGUCAGAGGGGCCCUGGAGAGAGGAUAGACAGUUCACUGGCGAGUCGUCUGGUUAGAGACGGUCUGCUUACCCCAGAUCUGCUCAAACAGCUGCAGAGGGAGUGGUCCCAAAGCAGCAGUCAGAGUGCCCUCCUCUCAGAACAAACAAACAAGAACAGCAAAGGGAAAAGAAAGAAGAAAUGAAGAGACAUCCCCACCUGGUAAUCUGGAACAGGUACAGGUUACAGAACUAACAAUCUGGAAUGAAGCAUACAGACGUGUUGGAUUAUAGUUCAGUCUGGAAUCAAUUACUGGGUUGUUUUAUCUUUGUUAUUCUUCUCUAGCCUGCACACGGGCAAACUGAGUCAAGCUGGAGAUGCUCGUCAUUCCGGUUCCUCCUCACUCCUUUUACGUUUGUCUCUAAUGAAGGAGCGGGUGUAUCUGAAAAGUGAUUCUUCCUUUUUUUUUUGUCGACAGAAUCACUUUUUAGGAGAAAAAAUUACCUGUCAUGAAACGGACCAGUUGGCGAGUAACAAACUGAAAGCAGGAAUGUUUCAAUAGACUUAACUGCAACACCAGACUGAUCCAUAGCUAGAAAACAAUUUAAGGAGGCGUCAAACUUUUUAUUUUACUCACUUUGAAUCAGAUUCUUUAGAACAUCUGUUCAUAAACCGUAACAUGUUAUAUGUUUGUUUUUGUACAUGUAAGCAGUUGUCAAUAAAACAUUUUAAAGGUU